AUGGGCUCACCAGCUUUUUUGGGGAAAAUUGUGGCCUUUUGGAAUUCCUCAAAGGAGUGCACAUCCUAUGGUUGUGUUGUUGCUGUCGAUAGUGAUGUAGUACUUGUUGUUGAGUACACUGGAAGUGUAGAAGACUCUUCGCUUGACAGUAAACUGCGUUGUAUUGCUAAGGAAGAUGUUAUUAUUCAGAGUCUCCAGUCAAAACUUAGAAGUUUACGUGAAAAGUAUGAAUUUAUGACAUCUAAUGGUUCCACUACUAUUUUAGAGCACACGGUACUUCAGUGGGCAAAGAAACGCUUAAGAGGGAUUGAGAGAAAAUAUUGGCUUAACCUUAGUGAAUCUACCCUAUUAUCUGAAUCGUUAAAAUUGGUCUGUAAUUGUGUCACAACUAUUGUACAAAAUUCGGAUGUUAUUGAAGAUUGGAAAAUGAUUCAGGGUGUCAUUUCAGAGGCUUCUUUUGUAGAGAUAUUAUGCGGUCUAGAUGAGAGGCCUUUAAGGAAAGAUCUAUAUCAAGCUAUAUUAGUUAAGUAUGUUUCACAUCCUUUGUUUUCACUUGAGAAUUGUAUGCGAGAGUCCCGCGUAUUAGGGGCUCUACAAAAAUGGAUUACAGCUUACCUUGACUAUCAGAGGUUUCGUUUUUUUUCUACAGACGCCAGUGAAAUAAAACACCAAAUAGAUACUUGUGUAAAUAAAAUUCGAAAAGCUGAGAUGCGACGUCAGGAACUUAAGAAUGAUACUCAAUUAAUUUUGUCUGGCUGUCUUUUUAGUAGAACAGAAAGAGUGCAAAGUGUUCCUCUCUCCGCGUGUCUUUGUAUUUUCGAUAGAAAUAUAAUAAAUGAACAAGCUUUUUACUCUAUUUCUGGAACAAGCUGUAACUUUGUUUCUUGUAAUAUUGUUGAAAAAAGUAAUACAUCAUUUCAUUACGGAUCUGACAUCUCUAAAAGUUCAUUAGUUACGUCUGAUGGAGCGAUGUUGAAAGACGUUGAAAAAAGAAUUUUGUUUCUUAAUCAGUGUUGUGAAAAGCAGGAAAAAGAAUUGGAACAUUUGAAGUUACAGAACGACUUACUUCAACGUGAAGUUGAUAGACUAAACGCUCAGAUUUUAACUUCUAGUAAGUUUCAAUUGGAAUCUCAAAAUUUAGAACUUGAAAUAAACUCACUCAGAGCUGAAAAAAAUAUACUGCUACAAGAUGUGUCAAAAUUAAAGAAAGGUAAUGAGGAAUAUGAAGAACGACGUCAACAACAAGAAAUGAUACAAAAAAAAGAAUUAACGGGUGUACUGGCGUUAUUUAAAAACCUUGAAGAGGUACACCAAUCAAUUAUAGAGGAAUACGAAAAACUUUUUACCAUUCAUACCUGUACAACUGAAUUAGUUCGGAAACAAACAUUGGCCUUAGAAGAGAAACAAGAAGAAAUUGACAUACUACGGAAGUAUCUGGGUAUGGCUCGUCGAGAACUUCUUUUGACCAAGUCUAUAGUAUUUCUCUUUCGCCACGCACACAUGAAAGAGAAACUCAACUCCACGAUCUUAAAUGACAGGGGGUUGAAUAUAUCUUGUGUUGCUACAAACGACGGUAAUGCGUCGAAGUAA